UGGAGAUGCUGCGGAACGGAGCUGCCGGAGGCGUCUCCCCUUUCAGCGCCACCGCCCGGCCUGUGCGCGUCUGGUGCGACGGAUGCUAUGAUAUGGUACAUUAUGGACACUCCAACCAGUUGCGACAAGCUCGUGCAAUGGGAGAUUAUCUGAUUGUGGGAGUCCACACAGAUGAUGAAAUAUCCAAACAUAAAGGCCCCCCUGUCUUUACUCAGGAAGAAAGAUACAAAAUGGUGAAGGCCAUCAAGUGGGUAGAUGAAAUUGUUCAAGGAGCUCCUUAUGUCACAACAUUGGAAACUCUGGAUAAAUACAGCUGUGACUUCUGUGUACAUGGGGAUGACAUCACACUGACUGCAGAUGGCAAGGAUACUUAUGAGGAAGUGAAGAAAGCUGGGAGAUAUAGGGAAUGUAAACGCACCCAGGGAGUGUCCACUACAGAUCUGGUUGGCCGGAUGUUGCUUAUGACCAAGGCCCAUCACAGCAACAUUGCUGAAGAUACAGAUUAUCGGAAGCAUGCAGAUAACCUAGGAAAGUGCCCUAAAGGUCACAGUCCCUGGACUGGAGUUUCUCAGUUUCUGCAAACAUCUCAGAAGAUCAUCCAGUUUGCAUCUGGCAAGGAGCCGCAACCUGGAGAUACCAUAAUCUAUGUGGCUGGCGCCUUUGAUCUCUUUCAUGUGGGUCAUGUGGAUUUUCUGGAGAGAGCGCACCAAAUAGCAAAGCGUCCUUAUAUAAUUGUUGGGCUGCACUUUGACCAAGAAGUGAAUCUCUAUAAGGGCAAGAACUAUCCCAUAAUGAAUGUGCACGAACGAACUCUCAGUGUUUUGGCCUGCAGAUACGUUUCUGAAGUAGUGAUUGGAGCUCCCUAUUCAGUUACUGCCGAUCUGCUCGACCAUUUCAAGGUGGAUCUUGUGUGCCAUGGGAUGACCGAGGUGGUACCUGACAAGGAUGGAUCAGAUCCAUAUGAGGAACCCAAGAGGCGUGGUAUUUUCCGGCUGAUAGACAGUGGCAACAAUCUCACCACUGACCUGAUAGUGAAAAGAAUAAUUAAGAACAGGCUGGAAUUUGAAGCUCGCAAUCAGAAGAAAGAAGCAAAGGAACUGGCUGUACUGGAGGUCAUGAAAAGAAAGGAGGAAGCAGCCCAACAGGAGACAGGUUUAAGGGACCAAGAGAGUUAGCAUGGGGAAGAGUGCUGCAGAACCCUCUUCUUCUGGACCUGCAAACUUUCCUGGAGAAUAGGACGCUGCUGAAUUAGGCUUGCGGCAACAAUAUUCCUGGUUUAAGUACACCAGUUGUCCAUAGGGAAGAGCCAGGUGGAUGCUGCUAUCUAACUGAUCAAGAAGUUCUAAGCAAUGUCUUUCCAAUAACCAGUUUUAAUUCUGAUGAAAAUUAGCACACUUCUGUGGGUUUUAUCUUCUGGCAUCUUUGACCUAUUGGAACUAGGGAAUUGGGAAUUCUGUCAGAACAUCUUCUGAAAUUUAAACAUCUCACAGCAUCUCUUUAAUUUGUGCCUGCCAGAUAUACUUUUCAAAUAUAUCAAACCAUCCUUUCUGGAUUCAGAGUCCUUUGUAAACAGCAGUGGUUGCUGAAUGCCAUUAGAGGUUGUUCCUUUUUCAGGAAACAAGAUGCAGCAAAACCUGCCAGUAUAUUUCCCAGCUAAGCAUACCCGGAAAGAAAGAAACAGUAAUUGUAUACACUGCCUUACAUCUGGUGCAUUCAGAAUCUUUCCAUAUUGUUAUUGUGGAAGGCGUUCAGUGGACUUCUAUAACUUCAGAUAAUGCUCUCCUUACUUGGUGUACAGAUAAGUCUGUUAAGGCCCAUUGCUAAGCAGGAGAGCUGCAUACUAAUUGCUACCAUAGCAUGAAAAUACAGUGUAAUCGUUAGAAAUCUCACUGUGGCCAAAGUUAAUUUUCAGAAGCUCCAUAUUGACCACAAAUUACAACCUGGGGAGGCAUAUUGUCCCUUGUAUAUAAAUGCUUUGUACUGCUAACAUUGGAUGCUUUGUGAUGAAGCUUACUGCCUAAAGUUUCUUUCUUACACAUGAUGGGAAACACAGGAGGCCCACAUAAGAGGAAGGGCUUCAUUCUCACCCAACCAAGCUCUUUUCACUCUUUAUCUUGUAUAUUUUCAGCCAUGGUUAUUAAUAAAAUCUUAAUGACUUGCAUUUACAGUUGAAGUCUGAAAUUAAGGCUAAAAGGACUGGGAAAAAAACCAGUGGAAACUUAACCAAGCAUAGGUUUAUGUACUAAGCAAGUCAGUGCUUGAGGAAUUUCUUUCAUUUGCAGUGUAAGAUAUUUCUAUAUAAUGAUUAGGAAACACGUGAUCAUUUAUCCCCAUACUACCUUUGCAUACAUUCUCUAGAGCACUACAUGACCCCUCCAUACAAUGUUAGCGGUUAACUGACAACAAUAAAAUAUAUACGUCAAAAUACAGAAUAUUUAGCAUGUAAAGUGAAGACGGGAGUUUCCAAGGGCAACCUUUUAUUAUAUUAAUAAUGAUUACUCAAAAAUAGCUAGAAUUUGUUCUACUAUGGGAACAGGGUACGAGAUAAACUUUACAGCUGCAGUUGCUGUGAAUGACAUAGAACGAGGCAAACGUAUCCCCCAAAAGAUUUUUGAGGGACUACAUUUGAUCACAGCAGGAACAGAGACAUGUAAUUCCUUCUUAACUAUUUCUCCAUUCCCUUACAUGUGAGGGGAAACUCAAAUGUAAAAUCUUUUGAUUAGACAAGUUCUGCAAUUAUCCUUGAGUUUAUGUGCAGAUUUGCCAAGGUAACCUCUAACUGCUAUGAAAACAUCUUUAAUUAAAGAGGAUCUUAUUUUUGUUGUGCUGGGCACUGUGUAUUAAUAGAGUUUCACAACUGACAUUUUGAAGGAGACAUGAUGCAGAACUUCCUAUGUUAAAUUAUCCCUAAAAUCUAGAGCUCCAGUAAAAGCAAUAAAAAAGAGCAUAACAUGACAAGAUGUUUGUAUUCUGUUUUAUGUAUAGGAACAUAUAGAGGCAAAUAAUUAGUAUAAUUUAAAUAGAAAUAUUUCUAUUUCCCCAUAGUAAGAAAAAAUUGACAAGAGAUUUGGGUGCUCGUUUAAUCUGUUCUCCAGAUAACAUUGAUAGAAAACUUCAAAAUCCCUGUUCUUUUGCUUCUUUAGUAUGUUGUCUAGCAGUUCUUCAGCAUGACAUGCUUUUAAAUGGAUUUUUUCCUUUGUGAAAUAAGACACUAGGCCAUCUAUUUAAUAUCAGACUCUUGCUGUCCAUCUGUACAAGAGAAUUGAUCCAAAUCAGGCUCCUGUUCGCCUUUCCUGUACCAAUAUCCUGCCCAUUGGCAGCUUUCUUUUAGACCAGGCAUGUCCAACCCGUGGGCCACCUGUAGCCCUGGGCAAUAAGUA